UUGUACAACUGUCCGGUUUCGAUAUAGCACUGCUGGACUUACGCGUCCGAAAGUACAACCGUACCAUGACUGUGUUGAACGGCUCGUUCAUCCUACCCACUUGGAUGAAUAACACUCUUGAGCUCUCGUUGGAUUUAUUUCACAGUCGGCUCGGUAACCAGCAGUUCAAUCACUACCCGAUGAAGCUACCGUCGUGCGGUAUAUGCGACUUUCUGGACAACUUGCAGAUGAGCUACGAGAAGCAAGUGGCCGAGCUGGAAAACUUGCCGGCGAUAGGCGAGUGUCCGUUUUCACCGCGGUCCGUCAUCAUGCGCGAUUUUGCCUUCCCUCAGGAGGUAGUGUCCCAGGUAAUGCCCAGGGGUCUUUGGAAAGCGCUAGUAACUGCAAGGCUCGAGGGAAAGGUUGUGGUGCAAUACUACUUUCUCGUCAAAGGGUAUGAUGAUUUUUGAGCGUUUGCUCGGGUUCUUAUACAUGAUAAAAUGAGUCGUA